AUGGAGGAAGGGAGCCGCCGGGCGGCAGCGGCCGUCCUCCCGGUCCCGGACGAGCUCAUCGUCGAGAUCCUCGCGCGGUUGCCGGCCAAGUCGCUCUGCCUCUGCAAGUGCGUCUCGCGGGCCUGGCGCGCCUUCAUCUCCGAUCCGGCCAACCGACGCAGGUUCGCGCAGACGCUGUCGGGCCUCUUCUUCUCCCGUCCCUACGGCAGCCGCCCGACCUGGGACUUCAUCGGCUUGUCUAUGUCCUCGGUUUUGCCUCCGCCUCCCGGGGUUGAUACGGCUCUCUCCUUCCUGCCCCCCACCUCGGACCGAGGAAUAUUGGCAACGACAUUCACCACCACCCUUCUACGUCUUGUGCAAUCCAGCCACCUGGGGGAGUGGGUUACCUUACCCCAACCAAGCCGCGUCCCGGGUCAGAAAUUGGUCAAAUUUCUUAGCUAUUUGAAAUUUGAUCUAUACGGGUCUGGUGGUGAUACCAUUGUCUGGUUGUUUUGCAAACAGCUCGAUGCGGAGCCUGAGCUUAGUUUAGUGUCUAUAGAUGGUGGCAUUCUAGAACAGCCACGGGGACAUGUCGUUAAUUGGGAUGAAUUACGGAUUGAGGAAAGGCAAGAUGAUGAAGGGGAAGGAAGGUUAGAAAUUAUCGAUGAGGAUGAGCUGUAUCGUUUGCUGGGCCUGAGAACCGAUGAUGAUCAUGGCCAGGGUGCUGCUGAUGGUACUUCAAAUGAGGAUCAGGCAAUCGCAAACAAUGGUUACAUCUCUGAUUGA